GACAACCGAGGGUACGCCCACAGACAGCCUGACCUCCUUCUGUUCCCAAAGAGCCUCCCUGCCCCGGGCAGGGUCCCCCAGCAGCCUUGAUAAGAACAAAAGCCCACGGCCGCCACCUGGCCGAAGAACGGCUCUCGCUGUGGCCCCACCACCCCCAGCCAGCCCCCGGCCCCUCGCAUCAGUUGCGGUCCAGGGGACAUUCUCCCAGCAUCCUCCUGGACUCUCUGGCCCUGCUCCCGAAAGAGCAGAGGGAAAGGGUCAUUCUGAGCAGAAGCAGUGGGAGCUGAGCGCUGAGAAGUUUCUCCCAGGGGAGGGGCGGCCUGGGGACCCUUUUCUGCCAUUAGCAGGAAUCAAGCUGUCCCCGGCGGUCAGUGGAGACUCUGACCUCUCCAGAAAGAAGGCCUGGAAAUAUGGCGGGCAGUCAGUUUAAAUGCUCGACUGUUGAUAAAAGCAAAGCCAUGAAAACAAAUGCGCGGUGAACUAGGAAACAAACCCGACAGGGCCCAUGUCACCCUGUGAGUGUGACAAACUGCCAACUUCCUCCUUCUCCUCCCUGCCCUGCGGGGCCUUCCCGCAGUCCCUUCACGACUGAGGCUCCAGAUGCAGCUCGCACGGCCUCCCCCUGCCCAGACCCUGGCUGAUGUCGCCCACAACUGCAUGCCCUGCAGUAGCCCGUGCCUGCCCCAGGCUCUCGCACCCGCUGGGGCGACUGAGGCUCUGAGCUGGGCUGCAGCCCGGAGGCCGCGAGCAACAGCGUCAGCUCUCUCCCUGGGUCACAAACCGUCAGGCUCCAACAACGCCACUGGGCAGAGGCACAGCCUGGAGUCGAGGAGCGUCCCCCCAGGCGCAGCACGGUCUCACGUCCAGGGUCCUGGCAGGGUCAGAAGCCGGAGAGUCUCCACAAUAGCCCACUCAAGAGCCAAGACCGCCAGCCCAGGCCCUCAUCUGCCGCCUGGGGCCGAGAUGCACCUGCCAGUACAGCCCGAAACUAAUGACUCACCAGGGCGGCAGUUUCUGGCCCUCACUGCCACCAGGGGCUGCCCCUGGCCUGGGGGCCAACUGUGCCCACACACCACACCACAGCCUGCUGCACUAGCCAGCACUGAGCAGGCCUGGACAGGCUCAGGGACGGAGUCCGCAGACGGCAAGGAGAAAGGCCCGCCACCUCGCCACUGCCACCAGGCCCCAGGGAUGGAGACCACAGAGAACUCGGCAGCAACAACAGCUGGCACAGGCCUGGAUGUUAGCAUGGCUCCCAACGGCCACCUGCGCAGACCCAGCCCUGGGGAAGCAGCGGUCCCCAUCGUGGACAGACCCAAACUGGCCCUGGACCCUGAUCAGAGUCUCAGUUGCAACAGGCUGUGCCCCGCAGCCCCAGGCAGCAGGGCCAGAGAAAGGGCAGGGGCUGAAGGGUCCAAACGGAAGGCCUCCCGAGGCUGACCCAGGCUCUGUCACAUCUGGGGAAAUGACUGGCAGGUGGCAAGAGCACCUGCGCACCGUGGGUCCUACUGCACAAAGCACACGCAUCCCCUCUGAUACACACUGUGCACAGAGACACACACAACAAACACACAGACACACACAACAAACACACAGACACACACAACAUACAUAGACACACACAACAUACACACACAACACACAGGCACACAACAUACGCAGACACACAACCUACAGAGACACAACAGACACGGACAGACACACCCACACACAACCCACAUGUAAAGAUG